CAUCACUAGUAAUCGAAAAAAAACAAGAACAAAAGAAAAUAAACACAGAGCCAGUUUCUGUGGUAAAACCCUAUUUCAUUUUCCCACACAAUCAAAUUUAAUCCUAAGGUAUCUCUUCCUUCCUCUCUUUCUGGGAAAAAAAAAAAAAAGUGACCCAAUCCAUGAUUCCUUGCUUGUGAUCCUCGCUUUGCCUCCCACCAAAGUUUCUUUGUAAACGCGCGCUCGGUUUUGUGAGGCGCAAUGGCUACUGUGGAAGCUGGUCGGCAACUUUUAUAUGGGGGGUUUGGUCGCCUCGGCUGUUUUGAUCCAUGUCUAAGCAAUGUAAAUGGGGUCAUUUCUGUCAAGUCUGGUGUAAAUAAUACAUGGAAGAGGAGUUUCGUGCGUGGUCAGGUACAUAAAACUUCAAGAGUUCCACAGGAUCGCCGGGGUGUUGGUCCCUUUCAGGAUACAAGUGCUGUUUUUCAUGGAAAAGGUUGUGCUAGUAGAUUGGAUUCUAUGAGAUACAAUUGCCAGCGGGUAGAAAGUCUGAGCGGAGGAGCUGCAGAAGAUCAGCGCAGGAUGUUGUUUGUGGAGGAAUCAGAUAAAGUGAUAUCAGUUCCUUCUAAUGGUAAACCCAAUUCAGAUGUUAAUGAAUUCAAAGUGGAUCAAACACUGGACCAGGGAAAUGGGGGUUUUGGGUCGAAUGGUAAGCCGGCUGCAGCUGCAAUAAAUAAAAAUUCUUCACAGAAGGUUAUGAGCAAUUUAAUUGAGGAUGAAGCUUGGACUUUACUAAGAAACUCCAUGGUCUAUUACUGUAGUAAUCCUAUUGGAACCAUUGCUGCCAAUGAUCCAAGCUCCCCUAGUACUCUGAACUAUGAUCAAGUCUUUAUUCGUGACUUCAUACCUUCUGGGAUAGCUUUCCUUUUAAAGGGAGAGUAUGAUAUCGUGCGGAACUUCAUUCUUCAUACCCUUCAGUUGCAGAGCUGGGAGAAAACCAUGGAUUGUUAUAGUCCUGGUCAAGGACUGAUGCCUGCCAGUUUUAAGGUUCGCACUGUUCCGCUCGAAGGUGAUGACUAUGCAACUGAAGAUGUGUUAGAUCCUGACUUUGGUGAAGCUGCUAUUGGUCGUGUUGCUCCAGUUGACUCUGGGUUAUGGUGGAUUAUCUUGUUACGAGCUUAUGGAAAAUGCUCUGGAGAUCUUUCAGUGCAAGAGAGAGUUGAUGUGCAAACAGGGAUAAAAAUGAUUUUAAAGCUGUGUCUUGCGGAUGGUUUUGAUAUGUUUCCAACACUACUGGUCACAGAUGGUUCUUGCAUGAUAGAUCGUCGGAUGGGAAUUCAUGGUCAUCCUUUGGAGAUUCAGGCACUGUUCUAUUCAGCAUUACUUGGUGCACGGGAGAUGCUUGCUCCAGAGGAUGCAUCAGCCGACCUCAUGCAAGCGCUUAAAAACCGUCUGGUUGCAUUAUCCUUUCAUAUCAGAGAAUAUUACUGGAUUGACAUGAGAAAACUGAAUGAAAUUUACCGAUACAAGACAGAGGAAUACUCGUAUGAUGCUGUUAAUAAGUUCAAUAUCUACCCAGAUCAGAUUCCAUCAUGGCUCGUGGAUUUUAUGCCUAGUAAAGGAGGCUAUUUGAUUGGAAACCUGCAGCCUGCUCACAUGGACUUUCGUUUCUUUUCUCUUGGAAACUUGUGGUCUAUUGUAAGUAGUCUUGCAACAUUGGAACAGUCGCAUGCUAUAUUGGAUCUUAUUGAUGCAAAAUGGGAGGAAUUGGUGGCAGACAUGCCCUUUAAAAUAUGUUAUCCUGCUCUUGAAGGCCGGGAAUGGCAAAUCAUCACAGGCAGUGAUCCCAAAAACACUCCCUGGUCUUACCAUAAUGGAGGUUCUUGGCCAACAUUACUUUGGCAGCUCACUGUGGCUUGCAUAAAGCUCGACAGACCAGAAAUUGCAUCAAAAGCUCUCAGGCUGGCUGAGAAACGCAUAUCUCAUGACAAGUGGCCGGAAUAUUAUGACACCAAGCGAGCAAGAUUUAUUGGAAAACAAGCACAGCUGUAUCAAACUUGGACGGUUGCUGGAUACCUAGUAGCAAAGCUUCUCCUUGAUAACCCAAGUGCAGCAAAGAACAUUGUGAAUGAAGAAGAUUCAGAGCUUGUAAAUGCAUUUUCUUGCAUGAUAAGUUCCAACCCAAGAAGGAAGCGUGUUUGGAAGAAACAGAUUUUAGUUUGAAGGUAAAUAGGGAUCUGCCCGGAGAAUACUCAGACACUAAUUAAAUUGACUAUGCAGCCAUUGAGAAUUGAAGCAUGGGAGAGAAUUCUAAAUUAGUUCAAUUGCAACAGCUGAGGUUCAUUUCGAUUGUCACUGAGUUGAAAUGUUCCAGUGGCUGAGUAGAAGAUGUCAGUGGCUUCAUGAGGGGAAAGUCCUCUUUGUGAAGUGGAUUGUAUAUAUUGCACUUAUGCAUUUUUUUGGUCAUAAUGCAGUACAGAAAACUGGUAUUAGACAACACAAUACGGACCAAGGCGGAGAAAUUCUUGUCAUUUUUUACUUCUUUAUUUGCAUCAUCAUCCUAUUAUUCCUAUAUUUAAGAUGCGUGAACUAAGACGUUUGUAAUUUGGCAUUAUUGUUGUAUUCAUACAGCUUUGAAACUGAUGUGCAAUUGGAAUGAUAAAUUUCUGUUUGGAUUUGAGUUCCCAGUUUA